UGGCCACACUGCAAGCAGCUCCAGCUCCGAUGAUUUUGGGAGUGUAUUGUUGGUGCAGAUCAUCGUGAUAGCCUGGCUGUCAUUCUAAAUGCCUCAAAUUUCGGUUAAGAUUCCACUAACCGGCUGAGAAACGAAGAAAAAUCAAGAGCGUGAGCGCAAGUUCAUUUCGCUGCGCCAUGGAACGAGAAAUCCCUGGUUUCUAUUAUGAUGCUGAGAAGAAGAAGUAUUUUAAGAUCCAAGCCAAUCAUAAAGCUCCUGCUGGCGCCCAGUACUCUCGAGAUGCCGUCAAGAGAAAGCGCGCGCAAUAUGAGAAAGACCAGAAAAAAGCCCAUGUCAGCCGUCGACUUGCCACGGAGAAGAUCAAGAAGUCUAAGCUUCUGAGCCACCCGAUCAUCACCGUUGAAAGGGAGGUUGGGGCGCAGAACGUCUCCAGAGGUAUCAGGCUCGAACGACAGGGGCUCAUCUACGCCAACAGAAUGCGUCGUAAGGAGCUCCAUCGGUUUGAGCCGUGGCCGGAUCAUUACUCUGUCAGACAUGUGCUACGGAAUAACCGCUCUGGAAUCUUGAUAGCCAGCGGUUAUCAUGGUGGCGAGUCUUCUGUUUCAGUGUGUUUCCCGGACUGCGAUCAAGAGACCUGGACAUACAACCGGACGAUGGAGCGUGUGCUUUUCAAGGAACCUUACAGAUUGUCAUCUGUAUCGCUCAGUCACACAGGUUACCUCUUAGCCACGAUGGACAGUGGCCCCCGAGGCGACUCCUUCCUCGCUCCACGAAUGUUACCAGACCCAGACGAAGGAGGAGACUACAGAUGGCCUCCGUUCUUUGCGCAUCCUCUCCGGAUCCGUACAACACCAUCUUUAUGGUGCUCUGCUGCGUGCCCGACAGGCGAAAAACCCCUUUUUGCAAUCGGGACCUCCCACGGCCUGCACACAUUGGAAGGGUUUGGAAGUCACUGGACAUUAUCGAAGAAACCGUUUCCCAACGACGUGAUCUCGGGACAGCCGGUGCUGCAGCGACGAAAUGAUUCCUCCCACGCAACGGUCACCAGUGUAGAAUGGUUGUCUCCGGAUGUGAUUGCCUCGGGCCUAAAGGACUCUGCCAUUUUCCUGCACGACCUGCGCAGCGGAGGAACAGCAACCCGCCUCCAACAUCCGCAUUCCGUCACGAAGAUCCGCAAGGUUGAUCAGUACCGACUGGUGGUUGCAGGACUGAAAUCGCUUGAAAUGUAUGACAUCCGCUUCCCCCCCAACGGUCUCCAACGCAACCCCAAACCCCUGAGCCACCGCCACACAUCCACAAGGCCGUACCUCCGUUUCGAGGACUUUUCCCCAGAAAUCAUCCCAGACUUUGACAUCAGUCCGGAACUGGGUCUCCUAGCAAGCGCCUCCGACGAGCGCAAAAUCCAACUAUUCUCCCUUCGUACGGGUUACCAGGUCUCUUCGCCCCUAUCGAAUCACCAAUACGACCAUUCCAUUUCCUGUGUGCAUUUUGAAACAGGAGACGUCUCCCUGCAUGGCCCGAAGACUCCGAGUUUACUGGUUUGUGCCCGUGCGACGGUUGACCAGUGGAUAUGGUGAAUUGGAAAAGUGUACAUAUCCUAUUACUCUGAAUUAAGUGUUAGUGGAGA